AUGUUUAAUAAAGAUUUCAUUGCAUAUUAUAUUCUUCGAGCUGUGAAAAGUUUGCAAUGCCCUGGAAGUAAACUACCAUCAGGACAACGUAGACGUAUCGUUCGCCAACAUAAUGUAUUCCGUUCACGAUUAAUUCAUGGAUUGCUUGUAAAUAGCGAAGGCAAACGUAUGCCACGUGGAAAGAAUAUGCUCCGAUUGAGAUGGAGUUGUAAGCUAGAAAAAUCAGCACAGCAAUGGGCAGAUCGGUGUAUUACACAACACUCACCACAAGCUAUGCGAAGAGAAGUCGGCGAGAAUAUUUACUGGUCAACAGGCGCUGAAAGUCGUAAACUUACUGUUGGUACUGAUGCCGGCAGAAGCUGGUGGUCAGAACUUGCGGAAUUGUACGUGGAUAAUCCAGCGAAUACUUUGACUCGGAAUGUUACCCGUCGAGCUGUUUUACAUUUCACGCAAAUGGCUUGGGGAAAAACAUAUGAAAUUGGUUGCGGUGUUGCUCUAAAUUGCGAAAAUGGCCGUAAACUAAUAUUCGUUUGCCAAUAUAACCCUGUUGGAAAUUGGAUAGGUGAUUUGAUAUAUGAACUUGGCGAACCGUGUAAAAACAACGAAGACUGUGAUACUAAUAAAUGUAUAAGAAGAUCUGGAUUGUGUAAAAUGACGAAUGUCCGAAAUUAA